AUGCUUUGGGAGACCCUUUGGGGUAUGGGUAAAGCGGGCUUUGGCCUUCUUCCAGUAUCUAUUGGUGUCUUGUUUUUCGCGGAAACAGCCCUCGUCUAUGUGGUCUCUGUUCUCAAUGGUGAGAUUGACGAAGCGCUCCCAUUUAUUACCACUUCUGCUGAUAAUCGUCCACAGUCAUGCAUUUUCUCGAUGUUCACCAACAUCAUCUCCUUCUUUCUGAUGGUAGUCGUCUACGUUCGGUACAAGCAGGUGAUUGGAACAUUGUCGACUUUUGAUGGAAAAGUUCAUUUCAUCGUUUGGAAUCAAAUCUCGAGAUGGCUUGGAUGGUUCUCCGGUAUUGGAUGGUUCAUUGUCGCUAAUGUGCAGGAAACCGCAUGUGUCACCGUUCACAAAGUUGGCAUUUACAUGGCGUUUGGAGGAUUCACAGUUUACAUGAUUAUCCAGUCGUAUAUCUCGUACUUCGUCUACCAGGGAUACAUCAAGAAAAGCAUUUAUUACACCCGCCUGUACAUGACUUGGUUGACGGUCAUCUUUUUUAUUUCAACUGUGACCUGCGAAAUUAUUGCAAUUAACCAGUUCCAAGCGGUCUUCCCAUUAGUUCCAACUCCUCCACCAUGUAACCGAACUCAGCCAGGUUUCAAAAUGCACCAAAUUUCUGCUACCAGCCAGUGGUUCUGUGUCUUGUGCCAGAUGAUCUUCAUCAUCACCCUUGCGCCGGAAUUGGAGAAAGUCACCUACUUCUACUUCCUCUCCUGCGAGUUCGUCGUUCCGCAAAACGCGAAUUUCCAAAACGCGAGAAACAGCUUCCUAGCCCGUAGGAGACGCUACAUGCUCUAA